AUGUUGGGCGGCGUGGCUGGGGACCUCCUUCUGUCGAGCGUCGACGAGCCGUCCGCCGCCACAGACGCUGUCUCCGCAUCCCAUGGCAUCUUUCUGGAGCCCAUGAUGGGCACCCCGCUCGCCCUGUACGUCCACAAGGAUGUUGGCGACAGGGACAUCGUCGUCGACCUUAUCCAGCGCAAUGGAGGGACUGUGUCUCAAAGCUACAGUGGUGUCAGCUACCUCUUGGUCGACCCACACAAAGAAUCUGGUCAGAGUCUCUACCGUCAAUACGCCGGCAAGAAGAACAAGAUGAUUCUCAGCUCGCAAUGGGUUCACGAGUGUGUACGACUCGGAACGCUUCAGACAUUUCAGACGGGCUGGGCAAAUUGCAGAGUGACGGGCAAUGAGCAAGUACACGCACCUCCGCCACCGCCACCUCAGCCUCAGCCCCAGCCCGCGCCACAACCUCCACCACAAACGCAAGCACAAGCACAAGCACAAACCUCACCAUCGCAACCUCAACCCCCUCUACAUUCCACACCGCAACGCCCGCAACUCUCCCAACCACCCGAUGGCCCCCAAUCCCAUCCACCACAUCCUCCUCCCGGCCCCGUCAUGGCAAAUCCAUAUUCUCAACUCCCUCAGCCAAUGCAAGACGUUCAACCGACCGGUCCUUCUCAAACUCUCAUGCCACCCGAAGGCCCUUACCCCGCCUAUCCAGGCUACCCACCCCCUCCUCCCCAGUCCAUGCACCCCCAUGCUCACCCUCAUUCACGAGCCCCGCCCCAAAACUGGGAAGCACCUAACUCCAUCGCUCCCGAACAGACGCAAAACACCCCACAACAUGCCCAUCCUCAUCCCCAUUCCCAUCCACACCAACAUCAACACCCACCUCAGCCUCAGCCUCCACCUCCACCUCAGCAGCCACAUCCACAAAUGGUCAGCAUGCCGCGUGGGCCGUAUCGAGAUGAUGGACCGAGUGCUGCCGGUCCUGGGUGGACGGUAGACGGUAAUACAGUAUACGCUCCCCAAUCUGGACAUGGUCAUCCGCAUCCGCAUCCACAGCAGCAACAUCAUCCUGGGACGGUCGUGGCGCCACAUGCGCAGGGCGGGUUUGAGUAUCGGACGUAUGGGAGGGAUGAACAGGUGUGGGCGCCGGGGCAGUAUUAUGAUCAGGCAACUUACGACCCGGCGUACCAGCCGACGUAUAUGCAGGAAGAUCCUGCAUCGGGACCGCCUCCUGGAGGACCAUCUGCACCUGAACCAACACAUGAGGAUCCGACGACGGAUACGCCACCUCUUACAGACGGGACCACGGCGGAAUCGUCUAGGGGUCGAAAACGUGUACGGUCGCAUCCCGUCCCAGCGCCCCCAGCCUCGACCCUCGUGCUCAAUCGACGAGACCCGACAGCACGGUCGCCGACGCCGCCUACGCGGGUGAUCAAGAGCACGUAUGGCGGGAAUCUGUUCACGGCGGAUGAUAUCGAGUAUUUGAAGAAGUAUAUCGAUUUUUGUCAGGAGCAGGGGAUGGUGCUUAGUUUGCGAGAGAUUUGUGAGAGGGUGGCUGUCAAGGCUCCGCAUCAUACUUUCUACUCCUGGCGUCGGUACUGCAACAAACACCAGAUCCGUCUCGGAGGAUACGCCAUGACCACCACCACUUCCGUCGAUCCCAAUGACAACUCUCAGGCCGGACCUUCGACUCAACCUCAGCCCCAUCCAAACCAACAACAGCACCCCCAUCCUAACCACACGAACCUCGACCCCAAUCUCGAUCCCUCGCUCCAUCCCCAUCCCCACCCCCAUCCUCCUCAUUCGCAUCCGCAUUCGAUGGGCGCCGGCUCGAAUAUCGACCCGAUAUCUGCAGAGUUUGGGCCUCACGAUUCACAUGUUGGUGCCUCUGAUGACGGCCAAGGGCUCACACUUUCUUCCGCCACCGGUCCUAAUACCAACGGCGCAUCCGGAAAUGGUAAUAACAACGGAGGGGGCGGGACAGCCAUCACCGUCAGUGGCGUCGGCAACGUCGUCUCCGUUGGCGGCACCAGCCUCGCCGGUCCAUCCGGAACACCUCUCAUCUCCGGCCUAGGUCUCAGCAACGCCGGCAACAACAGCGGCCCCGGGCCAAACGCCAUUUCGGCGGCGAAAGCGAAGGUGAGAGCUGAGGAGGCUGCGGGGUUGUUGAUCAGUCAGCGGACAAGGAGCCCGACGCCGCCGAGGGCGUUGUUUAGGAGCACGACGGGGAAGGGGGUGGCGUUUACGGAUGAGGAUGUGGUGUUUUUGAUUAAGUUGUUGGAGUGGAGGAGGGUGCAGGGGAAGAGCGAUAUGGUGACGUUUUGGAAGGAGAUUGCGCAGAAGGCGCCACACCAUUCGAGAGCUUCGUGGAUGAAGUUUUAUAGGCGACAUAAACACGAGCUGAACCACACGGAGGAAGACGAGCCGUUGCCGCUCCCGCCCGAGAAGAAGAUGCGGUACAGCCGUUCGGACGAUAUUUUGCUUGCGAGGUUCUUCCUCAAUAAGCCGGACGGGACGUCGGAUAAGAUAUUUCAGGGGUUUGCGAGGGAUCACCCGCAUCAUCCGUGGAAAGGCUGGCAAGAGCAUCAUCGGAUACACAAAGCCAAGGUGGACCAUCUGAUACAGAAAUUGGCCGCGGGGGAGGUGUUAGACGAGACUGAGCCGCAGGCAGAGUCGUAACGUCGUCGUCGGCAACGAUGAUGAUCUCUACAUUGCUAGCCGUGUCCGGUCUUCAGAGGCCCACAUGUGCCUGCUUCCCGUUGCUUGGUACUCUUUUUUCUUUCUCUUUAACUGCAGCUGUAUGUUUCACAAUACUGUAGAUCCCU